AUGUCGGACCCCAGGAACAUCGACGAGGACGCCAUCCUCAAGGGCCUGAGCCCCGAGGAGCUGGAUCAGCUGGAGUACGAGCUGCAGGAGAUGGACCCCGAGAAUGCCAUGCUGCCAGCUGGCUUCCGGCAGCGCGACCAGACGAAGAAGAGCCCGACGGGGCCGUACGACCGCGACGCCCUGAUGCAGCACCUGGAGAAGCAGGCCCUGGAGUUCCCCGACAGGGACGACCUGGUGCCCUUCACCGGGGAGAAGAAAGGAAAGGCUUUUGUGCCCAAGAAACCAGAAGACCUCCCGGGACACGAGCAGGUGAUGCUGGAGCCGGAGCUGGAGGAGGCUCUGAAGAACGCCACCGACGCAGAGAUGUGCGAUAUCGCAGCUAUCCUCGGGAUGUACACUCUGAUGAGCAACAAGCAGUACUACGACGCUCUGGGCUCCCACGGGAAGAUCGCCAACACAGAGGGCAUCAACAGUGUCGUGAAGGGGGAUCCGUUCAAGAUGUUCCCAGAAGAACCUCCAAACUCCACCAACGUGGAGGAAACUCUGGAGCGGAUCCACAACAACGACAGCGGCCUGACUGAAGUCAACCUCAACAACAUCAAGGACAUUCCCAUCCCAACGCUGAAAGACAUCUUUGAAGCCAUGAAGGGAAACUCUCACGUGGAAUCUCUGAGCAUUGCUGCCACUCGUAGCAAUGACCCCGUGGCCUACGCAUGUGCAGAGAUGCUGCAGGAGAACACCAGCUUGCAGAGUCUUAAUAUCGAAUCCAACUUCAUCACUUCAGACGGCAUGAUGGCCAUCGUGAAAGCUAUGGCGAACAACGCCACGCUGGUGGAGCUCAAGAUCGACAACCAGAGGCAGAAGCUGGGAGAUUCAGUCGAGAUGGAAAUCGCCUCCAUGCUGGAGAACAACUCCAACAUCCUCAAGUUCGGCUACCACUUCACCCAGCAGGGCCCCCGCGCCAGAGCCGCCAUGGCCAUCACACGGAACAACGACAUGCUUCGUCAGCAAAGAUUAAGAUGAAGCUAAAGAGGCGUGAGGAGAAGGAGAAAACCUUCAGCCCGACUUGGCGGACCGCCAUCGUCGCCUCCACGACACGCCGCCGCUCCUCAGAUUAACCUGGCUCAUUGUGCAAACCACAGCUAGCGUCCGCUCCUCCAGCCAUUUCAUUUCAUUUCAUUUCACCUGCGGCGGCGAGCUGUGCGCAGACCGCUGGAUUCAUCAUAAAGGCAUGUCGAGGUCACCAGCAAAACGUGAGCUGUCGUUUUUGUUGUGCUUGUUUAGUUUGUGCAUCACCAUCAUCAUCAUCCCAAACCAAAACGUUUUAACUCUAGCCAUCCAUUUCUGUUUUUCAAUGUGGUGCUACGUGACAUGUGCGAAGGACAAAAAUCUGUAAAUACUUUAAAUAAAAAUAUAUAUUCAAUUAUUAUUUGUAAAUGUUUGACAAGUUCAAUUUUGUUGCUCAUUUGCUUAAAAAAACACACUUUGAAUCACUUCCCUUCUACAGUACUUCAGUAAAUAUUUGAAAUAGAGGAGAUUAAACAGUCAUAUGAUGCAAUUUUGUGACACAGCUUCACAUCACACUCCAUAUGAAAUGGCAACGCCUGGCCUCCACACAUUGUUGGUGUUUGGAGUAUUAAUUAAGAUUUGAUGGCUUUCAAUAAGUACUGCUGUUGGUAGGAAGUAGCGAAAGGUUCUUUCUCGUUCUUGUACUCGUCC